CUUCUGUUGUUACAUUUGCUGUCGCUGCCUACCGACAAAUGGAAAGCCAAUGUCCUGCAGUUUUUGAUGGAGACUUAUGGAUCUUCGGGCAGGACUUCAAGGCUUCUGCGCAGUUGAGGGGCGUUCAAGAUCUGUCAGUGACGGAGCUGCUACUUGGAACGCUGCUGGGAGGUCGGGCGAAAGCAGCAUAUGAAAGUGUGAGCCGAAAUAACGACGAAUGUUCGACAGGGUCAGGCAAACAGUUUCCAAAGUGGGUGGGACCACAUAUGGUCACGUCGAGAUGGGGUUACGCAGACACAGUCGCAAUAGCGAACAAUGAGAGACGCGUGAACGUCAGCGAGCUCCAGAAAUGGAUACAGCGAGACAAGCCAACGAUGACGCCUGCACCAAGAAGAUCAAGCCAACUUCAGUCGCAAGUCUUUGACGGGGGGACGAGUGUGGUGAGAGCAGGCUGCUAGCCGAUUGGUUGGCACUAAUCCACGUUAAGGUCUAGGUCACUAAUAUGGGCCGUGAGAAAAUAUGAACAAGGCUGAGUCAACAACCAAUCACAGCAAAGUUAACGUGGCAAAAUAUGAUUCGCAGAUAGAGAACUCUAUUUGUCAAGGAAUCCCGAAACAACCAAUCAGAAGCCUGCGUUUGUCUACCUAACUUCUGAUAAACAACCAAUCAGAUGACUGCGCUUGUCUAUAAUAAUGUAGUUGAAAUAUGUAUAAAUACGUGUUGAUUUUCAUAAUAAAACGAUCUGUUGCUUCGCCCUUGUCUUCUGUUGUUACAGUAGU